UGGAGCACCGUGGCCUGGAAGUGAGCUGAAAGGCCAGGAGCUCUCCCACGGAAAUCCCAUUCCUGGCUUUCUCGCAAAGGGUUGACGCUGGGGCCUCUGGACAGCUCUGCAGAAGAACGAGACCGAGUGCAGAUGGAGGGCCCUUCCUUCUGGCCGCUGCUCCUCUGGGCAGGCACCUUCUCUCUUUGUGAGGCUUGGCCCAGAGGCCGAAUUUUGCGAGGGGAGGAGACGACUCCCCACCAAAGACCUUACAUGACAUCCUUGCAAGUGGCUGGGGAGCACAUCUGCGGAGGGUUCCUCAUCUCUGACCAGUGGGUGUUGAGUGCAGCUCAUUGCUUGGAGGAUGUAGGCAACGAGACGUUACAAGUCCUUGUGGGAGCCCAUUCCCUCUCAGAGCCGGAAAGAAACAAGCGCUUGGCGGGAGUCCAGGAACUGUUCCCUCACCCUAACAGCAGUGCGGGGAACCCCCAUGAUGAUCUCUUGCUCAUCCAGCUGAAAGAAAAAGUGUCCAUCAACUCAGACGUGCAGUUCCUGGCUUUUCAGAGGCAAGACAGGGACGUGCCUGCAGGGACCCCUUGCGAGGUGGCCGGUUGGGGCAUCAUCAGCAACACUGGCAAACGUCCAGAUAAGCUGCACCAGGUGGAGCUGGCUGUCCUCAGCAGAGCCACCUGCAACACCCGGACCCAUUAUGAUGGAGCUGUUACGGAGAAGCUGAUGUGCACUGAAUCCAAGAGGAAAGAUUCUUGCAAGGGAGACUCUGGCGGGCCUCUUGUUUGCAACGGGGUAGCGGAAGGAGUGGUAGCUACGGGCUCCCGCAUCUGUGGCAACUGGAAAAAGCCUGGCAUUUACACCCGGAUUGGGCCCUACGUCACUUGGAUCGAGAGCGUCUUGGCUGGGGCACAUCGGCCGACUGCUGGGCCAAAGGCAGCCACAGUACCUUAGCAGGCAGUUGCUUGGACAAGAUGCCCCAGGGAGCCAAAGGCACGCUUUAUUUUGCUAUCCUCUCUACAGCAGCAGCAGCAGCAGCAGCAGCGCUCCUCUCCCUUUUUUGAACUCUGUAGCCUUGUAAUUUUACUAGCCUCAAAUCCCAAACAGUAUUUGGGUCUGAAAGCCCAAAAGAGUGUUAUUCUGUGUACCCUCAGCUAAACAUAUUUGGCCUAUAAAUAAAAAUGGAAAU